AUGGGUGCGCUCUUGUCGCUGCCGCUGCUGGCGGUCCCGAGCGUGACCACCAUCAUGUCCUUUGCGGCCAGCUGCUGUGGCGCCGCAACCUGUUCCAUGGUCUGCAGCGCUUGCGGAAAAUGCGGCAACAGUGUCGCAACUCGUGUCGGAUAUGCGCUGCUGCUUCUCGUCAAUUCCAUCAUUGCAUGGAUAAUGUUGACGCCUUGGGCCAUUGAGAAGUUGCAACACCUCAUGCUCGACUAUGUCAAGAUCAAUUGUCCCACCGGCAGCUGCCACGGGUGGGUUGCCGUCCACCGCAUCAACUUCGCUCUCGGUAUUUUCCAUCUCAUCCUCGCUGGUUUGCUCUUCGGCGUCUCAUCUUCGAAACACCCCCGCGCCGCUAUUCAAAACGGUUAUUGGGGCCCCAAAAUCAUUGCCUGGUUUGCCCUGGUUGUCAUGUCCUUCCUUAUCCCUGAUCCGUUCUUCGUCUUCUGGGGCAACUAUAUUGCCUUUGCUGGCGCCAUGCUAUUCUUGAUGCUGGGCCUUAUCUUACUCGUUGACUUGGCUCACAACUGGGCCGAAUACUGUCUGGCGCAGAUCGAGGAAACCGACUCGAGGGUUUGGAGGUUCGUUCUCAUUGGAUCUACCUUGGGCAUGUACCUGGGCUCCAUCGCCAUGACUGUGGUCCAGUAUGUCUUCUUCGCCAGAGGUCCUUGCUCCCUGAACCAGGCCGCCAUCACUAUCAACCUCGUGCUUUGGCUCGCCGUCUCCGUCAUCUCCGUCAACCCCUCCAUCCAAGAGUACAACUCCAAGGCCGGGUUGGCUCAGGCCGCUAUGGUGGCAGUUUACUGCACCUAUCUUACCAUGUCUGCCGUGUCAAUGGAGCCUGAUGACAAACAGUGCAAUCCUCUGGUUCGCGCGCAGGGCACCCGUACCACGUCUGUUGUCAUUGGUGCCAUCGUCACCAUGCUAACGGUAGCCUACACGACCACUCGAGCUGCGACUCAGAGCCUUGGCCUCGGUAACUCCAAUGGCAUCCGCCUUCCGGAAGAGGAUGAGCACGAUCUCGUGACACAACAGCCUGCCGCCCGCCGUGAGAUGCGCGCCGAGGCUCUUCGUCGUGCUGUCGAGGAGGGCAGUCUCCCCGCCGAGGCCUUGCUCUCCGACGACGAAGACAGCGACGCUGGUGAUCAUUCGUCCCACGAUGACGAGCGAUCUCAAACCCAGUACAACUACACCGUUUUCCACAUCAUUUUCUUCCUUGCCACGGCGUGGGUCGCCACGCUGCUGACAAUGAACUUUGAGGAAGCUACCAAGGAGGGUGACUUCGCCACCGUUGGUCGUACCUAUGCGGCAAGCUAUGUCAAAAUUGCUAGCUCUUGGAUCUGCUAUGGAAUGUACACCUGGACCCUGGUGGCACCCAUUGUCCUGCCCGAUCGCUUCGACUUUUCCUAA